CUCACUGCCUCUUCCCACAGUUACGCUAUCCAUCACCCCACUUUACUUAUCGAAAAUCUAAUAAUGCUCGGGUUGCUGUUUCGGGACUUUCUCGGAGUUGAAGAGAGUGGAGAUGUUUCUUUAAGCGGAGCUUGGUGGUCGUGAGGAUUAUCAUUUCCUGACAGAGAAUUUGACAGUCCCCCGCCUGACUGUUGGUCGGCGUGGUGUUGUUGUUUCUCGGUGACAGACCUAGCUAGCUGCAUGGCGAGUCAUGUCCCGCAGGAGUUCUCGCCUGGUGUCGGGCGGUUACUAUAAUUCAGACGAAGAAUCGGAUUCAAGCAGCGUGACAAACAUAUCUUACCGCGAAAACCCUGUCAAGGUUUUCAAGAAGAAGGCGGGGUCCCGCAAGUCUGGCUCCCGUACCCCCAGUAGAGCAAAUAGCAAUGCUAGUUCUGCCAGCCCCGAGCCGCCCCUCACUGCAGGCCAGUAUGAUGGCCUGAGUCUUUCUUCUUUGAGCAGCCAAACCCAGCCGAUCAUGAGGACGGUCCCCAACAUCUGCACCACACCUACCCCUCGGCCACCCCUCACCCCAUCAUCAACCCGGAGUGAGACGCCCCCACGCUGCCCCUCAGUACCUCCAGAGAAGAGCCCCUACCCUGGGCUCUGCAACUCCUAUUUGCCUGGGUUACACCUCCGAUCCAACCACAAGGAGCUGAGUCCGAGCGCUGUGGACAGCUCAGGGUACUCAUCCUCUGAGGGGCCUCACAGGAAGCCCACAGCCGCCACCGCCAGCACCAGUACCAGUAGGAUCAGCAGUAAUAGUGGUGCUCCCAGUAUUGGCUACAUGGCCAGAGUCAGCAGUGCCUUCUUUGGUCUAAUGGACUCAGUCUCAUUGAUGGCCGCUGCAUUGCAGUCAAAAAUAAUGCAUGUGACAGCUUUAGCUAAUUCUUCAGUCAGCAGUCGCACGAAGAAGGCUUGUGGUCUGUUUCUCCUCCUCCUCCUCAUCAUACUUUUAUGUAUUUGGUUCCUCCUUCCUUUGUUGACCUCGCUCAUCUCCCGCAUGGCUGUCCCAAAGACCCCGUCACAAACUAAACCCAAGAGUCCACCUGUUUCCUCUGCCCCUCCUGCUCCUUCUCAAUCACAGAUCAUACAUUCUACACCCGUGGUGGAUCCAGCCAUUGUUUCUGCUGCUGUAGACGCAAAAAUACAACAAUUUUUGGAUUCGGCCGUUGUGUCUGCUGCUGUAGAAGCAAAGAUGCAACGUCUUUUGGAGGAGCAGCAGCUGAAGCAGGAACACAUUCUCUCUCAGAUGAAGGAGAGACUACAUCUGGACAUGCAGGAUGUGAUAGCCAAGCUUGAGGUUGUGGACUCGGACAGUCGGCUGCGUCUGGAGAAGGAGGUUUCUGGGUUGGUCAGGCAAAUGGUGGAUUACCAGACAGACAGCCACUCGGCCGCUGCCAGCCUCAGACUCAAGAUCCAAGCUUUAGAGUCCCAGAAUGCAAAGCUGUCCCAGGAGUGGUCGUCCAUCCAGCUGAUGCCUCCUCCUGCCCCCUGUCCUGAUACCAGCGCCACCCCCAUCCAAAACCAUCUCACCCCAGAGCUCCAACAGGCCAUGGAGAAGUGGCUCACUGAGCGCAUCAAGGAGCAGGAUGCUAUCAGGCUUUGUAACAAAGGAGCUUCCUCUGACUGUGGACGUCCCGUGGCUGACAAAAUGGCCGACUUUGCAUUGGAGACGCAAGGUGCCAGUGUGAUCAGUACCAGGUGUUCAGAGACCUAUCGUAUUCGUUCAGCAUGCGUGACCCUGUUUGGAUUCCCUCUGUGGUACCCAUCUGAAAGCCCACGCACUGUUAUUCAGGGCUACCCGGUGCUGCUUCCAGGGAAAUGUUGGGCAUUCCACGGUGUCGAGGGGACUCUUGUCAUCUCUCUGUCUCACCCCAUCACUUUAACUCACGUGACGCUGGACCACCUGCCGCGCUACAACUCCCCCACCGGUCGCAUCGACUCCGCCCCCAAAGACUUUGAAGUCUAUGGAAUGACAAAUGACACAGAAGAAGGAACGCUGCUGGGGACAUUCACGUACGAUGUAAAUGGAGAGCCUACGCAAACAUUCAAGCUGCCUAAUCCCAGUGACGUGGUGUAUCGAUUAGUGGAGCUGCGUGUCCUCAGUAACUGGGGACAUGUCGAAUACACUUGCCUCUAUCGCUUCCGUGUGCACGGACAGAUGGCCUCCACAUUGUAAUUCCUUUUAUAUCUAUAGCAAUUUUCUCCAGGUUACAAACUGUUUUUUUUAGAAGAAAAAGCAACAAACACAAAAAUACAACAAUUAAAAAAAACAUAAUAUAAAAUGAAAAUAAAAUACAAGCAACAGAGUGAUUUAAAAAACCAUCGAAGGAUUUAAUAAAGAAAAAAAA